CGCGCGCUUCUCCAGUGGUUCCUGUUGCGAGGUAGAAGAGAGACGUUCGUGUUUUUCGUUCUCUCGACGGUUUUUUUCUUUCGUAAUUCUCUUCUGCGUUCCAGACUACAACAUUUCAUUUCCACAUUUAUGAAAUAUAAUUGUGUAGAAAAAUCCGCCAUUCAACAUAACAACUUGUGUCUGUGUUGCCAUUUUUUCUGCGUCGUUUCUUCGACUUGUCAUGUGAAAAAAAAAAGUUUCUGCCUCCAACGGCUGCCAUUUUGUUUGAGGCCUAAGAAGAAUCAACGACAUCGGGCCACGCACACAAAAAAAGAAGUAAAAAACUAAACUCGUGAGGAUUAAACCUUUUUUUGGGACAGUUUCUUUGUGUGUGUCUGUGUCUAGUGUGUGAGUGUGUAUAAUAUACCCAGUGUGUGUGUGUGUCUGUGUGUGUGUGGAGUGGUGGCGCCCGAGUGGAAAGGAAGCCCCUGUUUUCUAUCCCCCCCCUACCCAUUUUUUGUUAUUUUUUACAAUGGCGGCGUGGAAUUUGCCAUCUUGAAAAAAAGAAGUGGAAGGAAAAGCAACGGCGUGGUUACUGUUUAAAAUGCUGUGGUGGAACAUAUAUAUGCAACGGCACAAUUCACUAUAAUUUAUACAAAAAACUAUCGAUCGCGUUCUGUGUAUGUGUGUGAUUGAUCAUUCAUACGAUAUUGAAGAGGAAAAAAAAAGAAUCUUGCAUCUGCUGAAUUUUCUGGGUUAGAAGACGAAAGAAACUUGAUCGAUUUUGAAACUGAAUCACUCGUCUUCACAUCGAGGAGGGAUGUAUUCGGCCAUGAAUCCAGCCGCUGCAGCUGCUGCUGCCGCCGCUGCUCGCCAUCCCGUCAGUCCCGCUCUACCGGGUCCACCUCAACCCGGUCAGCCUUUCAAGUUUACCAUCAACGAGUCGUGUGACCGGAUCAAAGAAGAAUUCUCUUUCCUUCAGGCUCAAUAUCACAACCUCAAGUUGGAAUGUGAGAAACUGGCAUCGGAGAAGAUUGAAAUUCAACGACACUAUGUCAUGUAUUACGAGAUGUCGUACGGACUCAACGUCGAGAUGCACAAACAGACGGAGAUCGCCAAGCGGUUGAAUGCCAUCAUCGCUCAAGUGCUGCCUUUCUUAUCGCAAGAGCACCAACAACAAGUGGCCAGCGCCGUGGAACGAGCCAAACAAGUGACGAUGACGGAGCUGAAUGCGGUUAUCGGGCAGCAACUUCACGCCCAGCAGCUCCCGCACGCGGCGGCUGCAGCGGCCGCAGCCGCCGGUCACCCGCCUCCGCUCCCGCUGGGCAUGGGUGGUCAUCCGGGCAUGCCACCGACAUCUGCCGGAGCGGCAUUGAUGGGUCUUCCCGGCCAAUUGCCACCUCCUCCAACUGGCGGACCAGGUGGCGGUCCGCCUCAUCCGCUCUCGCUGCUCAAUGCGGCAGCGCAAGUUGGCGGCGCUGGUGGAAUGCCACCCGGCAUUCCGCAGCCUCCUCAAGGACCUCUGCAGCAGCAACCCAACGGUCCUCCUAUGGGCAGCAACAAGCACGAGUCGCACCGUGAACGUGAAAGAGAGCGUGAACGCAACAACGCGGCUGCUGCUGCUGCUGCCGCAGCGGCCGCCACCGCUGCGGCUGAACGUGAUGACAAACAAAAUAUCCCCCUCGAGGAGCGACACAGGAAUUCAAUCUCGCCGACUGAACGUGAAAAAUACCGCAAUGCCCGUUCGCCGAUGUCUAGCGGCGAUCCGCACGCGCCCGACAUGAAGAAGAUCAAACGCGAAGACAAAGAUGGACAUAUGAGCGAUGGCGAACGGAGCGAUCAGGACUUGGUGGUCGACGACGGCGGAGAUGAUCCUAUUACUCCACCCAGUCGCAAUCACUCGCCCAGAGAGAAUGGAAUUGAUAAAUCGAAAAAGGAUCACAACUUGUCUCACAGCGGUGGACACAUGAUGAACAAGGGGAAACACGACGGAGACAAGAAUAAUGGCGCAUCGGGAAUUGCUCCGAAACCGGCGACUCCGACGGGAUUGGGCGGAAUUCCGCCUCCAGGACCACCAGGAGCUAAGGGCGUACCGAAACCUUCUCCGCUUGGACAAUACCCGCCUUAUAUGCCACAAGGCGGGCCACCGCCGGAUAUGGCAGGAGUGGCUGGACCUUAUGGGCCACCUCCCAUGCACGGCGGAUAUCCUCCAAGACCCAUGAUGGCCUAUGAUCCGCAUCCUCAAAUGCGUGGACCGUUGGGCUCGAUGUCGCAGAGCGGUGGCAAACCGGCUUACUCGUUCCAUGUCGGUGGAGAUGGAGUGGUCCAGCCAGUACCUUUCCCUCCUGAUGCUCUAGUCGGGCCGGGCAUUCCUCGAGCAGCGCGUCCGCUUAGCACUUUGCCACACGGAGAAGUUGUGUGUGCAGUGACAAUUUCUUCGCCGACCAAAUACGUUUACACGGGAGGCAAAGGAUGUGUCAAAGUUUGGGACAUCAGCCAAUUUUUCGGCAGUGGAGGACAAGCCAAUGGAAGCAUGAAUGGCAGCAAAUCACCUACCCCCGUAUCGCAGCUGGACUGCUUGCAGAGGGACAAUUACAUUCGCAGCGUCAAACUAUUACCCGAUGGACGGACAUUGAUUGUAGGCGGAGAGGCCAGCACCUUGUCGAUUUGGGACUUGGCAGCACCGACUCCUCGCAUCAAGGCCGAAUUGACAUCAUCAGCGCCGGCCUGCUACGCUCUGGCCAUCAGCCCCGACAGCAAGGUUUGCUUCAGCUGCUGUUCGGACGGAAACAUUGCCGUGUGGGAUUUGCACAAUCAGACGCUGGUGCGGCAAUUUCAAGGUCACACGGACGGCGCGUCUUGUAUCGACAUGAGCGCUGAUGGCACACGAUUGUGGACGGGUGGACUCGACCACACGGUGCGGUCGUGGGAUCUUCGUGAGGGCAGACAGUUGGCCCAGCACGAUUUCGCAUCUCAAAUCUUUUCCUUGGGAUAUUGCCCAGCUGGAGAUUGGCUGGCCGUUGGAUUGGAGAGUUCAACUGUCGAGGUGUUGCACACGUUGAAGCCGGACAAGUACCAACUUCACUUGCACGAAUCAUGCGUCUUGUCACUGAAAUUCGCUGCCACUGGCAAGUGGUUUGUGUCGACUGGAAAAGAUAAUCUCCUGAACGCUUGGCGGACUCCCUAUGGCGCGUCCAUAUUCCAGUCCAAGGAAUCAUCUUCGGUGCUGAGCUGUGACGUAUCGUCCGACGACAAGUACAUCGUAACGGGCUCUGGCGAUAAGAAAGCCACCGUUUACGAAGUCAUUUACUGAGGGGACAAAAUUUAACAACAACAAAAAAAUUAAAAACAAGAAAAAAAAAAUAAAUAAAAAGAAGAAAUCGAAAAUUAAAUCCACACCACAUAAACCCUUAUCCACUCCCCUCGACCAAUCAUUGAAUUUCUUCCUUUCUUUCAGCUAAUCGUGAUAAAUUGACACGCGCGCUUUAUGAUAAUCGCGUUUUGCUGAAAUCUCUUGGUCAAGUAUCUGCCACGAGAAUUAUGGCUGAUGUCUUUGCCAGACAAGGGAAAGGUUUUUGAACUGACAUCAUGACACACCGCGUGGCGCGCGUGUCUGUUUUCGGUGUGACGAGUGGCUAUUGCCGUUGUGGUAAAGUGUUAACUGUCUUAACUACUCAAUAAUAUGUAUGUGUCCGAGUGCGUGUGAGCGUGUAUGUACGUGUGUAUAACCUUCCUCCCUUUUAUGGGUUUUUCUUUGUCUUGUAUACCUCGAUCAUUCUUCACUCAGUGUCCCUGAAGUAAGUAUAAUUGUGUGCAAAAAAAAAAAAAAAGACGGGAAUGUAUGGCAGGUCUCAACCGCUUCAAUUAUAAUUGUAAUUUUUUAGCCCCCCUCAGUACAAUGAUUAAAUAUUCA